UAUGAUUUUAGAACAAGCUUUUAAAUACAUCAUUGAUUUAAAGAAACAGAAUGACGAGCUUCUCCUGAAUGGUGGGAACCAAGAGCAAGCUGAAGAAAUAAAAAGGCUGAGGAAACAGCUUGAUGAACUCCAAAAGGAAAAUGCUCGCUACCUCGAACUUCUGAAAGCCAAUGAUAUCUGCUUCUAUGAUGAUCCUACUAUUCACUGGAAGGGAAAUUUUAAAAGUUCCAGGGUUGCUAUGGUUAUUCCUGCCAAUCAGGUACAGGACAGUAUCAUAGUCUAUCCAAAUGGAAACCAACUUGGCGGAAGUAGUUCAGGAAUACCUGUUCAAAACAUCACAUUCAAUGUUGGCCAGAAUUUGCAAAAACAAACUGCUAAUGUCAUACCAGUACAGAGGACUUGUAAUAUAACCACUCCGUUAACUGUUUCCAGUAUUGGUCCAGUUCAAAAUGUGACUUCACUUCAUAUAUCAACACCUGCAGUGCCAUCCAAACAACAUGUUCCUAAUGCAGUUUCUCUUCCUAAUAAUACCAAACUCUCUGCCACUGCCACUACUGUACAGAGCAUGCCCAGUGCUGUCAGCACUGUUUCAGCAGAUAUGUUGAACUCUAAUACGCAGGGCCUUGUGGAUUGUCAGUAUGCUUCAUUACUGGGUAAUGCAUCUUCCAAAGGAAGCAAUGCACAGAUAAACUCUGUACCUGCUAUGCCAUUGGAAAGAUCAGCAGAAAAUAGUGAGAAUUCUGUUGGCAUUUCAUCUGCUGUACAUACAAUGUUUAGCACACCUUCUGCAACACUGCAUAAUUCCUCAGUAACCCUUCAGGAUAAUUCCAGCAAAUCAGUAGAUGUUACGUCUAGCUAUUCUGUAAUUCCAUUAAAUAGCUCUUCUUCCAUUUGCAUCAGUAGAGACUUAGCCAUACCAAACAAUGGAGUAGUAGUGGCGUCCUCUAGUGUUAAUUUAACAAGUGCAUCUACAGUGACUGCAGGUACCCUGGAAAACUGUUGGUCUCUUCCCACUUCUUUGCCAUCUUCUGGUGUUAGUACUUCUGAUACGAAAAGUGUUAACAGCUUCACGCGGAUUACUUCAUCUGGUAACACACAGACCACAUGGACAACAUUACAGCUGGCAGGCAACAGUGUACAGCCACUAAGCCAAACUACACCUAGUUUUAUACCUUCACUGUUAAACGAUGUCUCUGGUGCUACCUCUUCUUCCAGUGCUGUCGAUUCUAGACAGCCUCUUCCUGAAGUGAAUUUGAGUAAUUCUGCAGUAUUACAAGGUGUUCCUGUACAAAAUAUACAGCAUGUCACAGUUACAAUGCCAUCUGUUCAGCCUUUAUCUGUACAGCCUCUGAUAACUCCAAAACCUGUUCCUCCUCAGCCUGCAGCUAGCAUUCUUCCUUUACAUUCAGCUGUACAAAUGAUUCAGGUUGGCCAACAAGUUGGGCCAUCUGCACCUCCAGCUCCAACAAAUCAGAAUGUAAUCAUCCUCCAACCUCCCAGUGCUGCCACUGCCCCAGCUGCUGUAAGAGGAGCAGUAGCCAGCCAACCAGUAGGUCAGCAAAUUGUGAUCAUCCAGACUGCCAAUCAGAAUCCUCUCCCCGUUCUUCCUGCUCAGGCUUCUGCUGUUAGGAUGCCCAGUGCUGGAUCAGGACAGGUAGUAGGCACAAGUAACUGCACGCAGAACGCCCCAGCAGGGCAAACAUUAAAUGGGAAAUGCUUUGUGCUCAUACUACCCAAACCAACAUCUUCAUCCUCCUCCUCCUGUACAACACUGUCUAAUUCAUUUACAAUGUCAGCUAAUACACAGCAGCAACAAACUAUUUCUCUAAGUGGUCAGCUUUUUGCACUACAACCAGUGAUUCCGUCUGGUGUUUCAAAUGUAACUCCUAUGCAGAUUAUCCAGCCUACCACCAGUGAAGAUCCAAACACAAAUGUUGCUCUUAAUACUUUUGGUGCCUUGGCUAACCUUAAUCAAAGCAUAUCACAGAUGGCCAGGAAAAGCUGCUUGCUGCCUGCUGUUGGCCAGGCAAGCAGUGUACCAGAAGCAGGAACUGAGCAGGUUGUCCCAGUAAGUUCAUCUAUUACUCCUGUUUCUACUGUCACUGCAUGCCAGUCUGUUACUUCUGCAAGUUGUAAAUUAUUGCAACCACCUGCUAACUCCUUGAAUUCCUCUCCUUCAAAAUCUGUGGCUUGCUUACCAGUAAAUGCAAAACCAAAACGAAAUCACAAGAAAAAUGCUGCAAAACAGUUGUCCAGUAAAGGAGCGAUAUCAACUGAUAAAGCUAAGAAUUCCACCAAGCAGGGUGAAAAAGUUGCAGAUGUGUCAAAGAACAGUGCAGUCACAGAGGGUCAUGAUUUAAAACAGAACGAUGCACAAAUUCCUCCUGGCACUCAAGAAAAUAAAGAAGCAUUAAAUUCUGAUGUCAUAAUUUCUUCCCCUAAAGUAUCAAACUCACAGCCGUUAUCAAAUGUGUACUCCAUAGUAGAACCAGCUAUAGCAGUUGAUACUAGUUCUUCAGCACAAUCUGGAACAAGUGAGCAGUUAGAGUCACUGCCAGGUGCACAUACUAGUUCCGCAUCUCUGCUGCAUCCUCACAGCUCCCCCAGUGAUCAACCAAAGAACCCAGCAUCACUGGACCCUUCAGUAUCUUUCAUAAAUGUUAGCAGUGAGGCAUCAGCAUCCACAGCUUCUACUGUCCCAUAUACUGCUAGUCCUUCUCACGUUUCUACACCACUGUCUAGUCAUUCUCGUGAUUUAGCUAAAGUGCUUAAUCCAUGCCACAUUUCUGGAGAGGUAAGAGUUUCUUUGACUCAAGGCACAGAACAGACUGUAUCUGCAGUGCAUGGCAAGAAUGUAUUGGAGGAAGAAGGCUUCGAGGGAAUGUUUUCAGGGCAUGCUAAAAGUAAACCUGCAGCACAAGAUAGUGCGCCCUGUGUUCAGAGGGACAUGCAGUCAGGUUUUUCAGUGCACAUCACAGAAUCACAGCAGUCUAACACUUUGACAGAGAAACAUGAGACAUUAUUAAUGAAUACUGAAAAUCAAAAUGUUUCUCAGCAGCACUCUUGCAUUUCAGAUCAGGAAAUAGCUGGGAAUCAUUUGCUUACCAGCCGGCAGAUAGACUCCCCCAUGUCAACCAGUUCUGGUAGCAGCCAUAGUUUUUCUGUUGCAUCCAUGCUUCCGGAUGUUACACGGGAAGAUGUAUUGUGCAGCAGUUCAUCAACAAACUCAUUCAGUUCAUGCACAUUUCCAGAGCCAACUGACAUAGUUGCUCUUGCAGCCAGAGCCAUUUUUGAGCAGGAGGCAAUGGGGAAGAGAAAAGGAAUUACAGAAGUGAAUGUUACUGACACAGUUAACAAAUCUACUGAAACUGCAACUCCAAAAGAAGAAAGGCCUUGUGGAAAAACUCAAGAAGCUAAAAACACCAGUCAAGAGAUAGAUGACUUAGCAGGUGAUAAACAGCAUUCACAAGAGCAAGCGCAGAACAAUGCUACCAGGCAAGUGGAAAAAAGUAGUUGCUCUGUUAGAACUGAAACAUCAAAUGUGUCCUUAGACUACCCUUCUGCUCAGUCAUCUUCGGUAGUAGGGGUAAGUUUAAGUGUUAACAGUCUAAUCUGUCAUCCCCUUUCUACCUGUUCAAAUUUGAUACAGUCUUCCACUGAGCAGUCAGUGGUACCUAAUACCACUUGUCUACCAAUUUCUUCGCAUACUUAUACAGGUCAUUCAGCGGGACCACCUGUGAUGCAGGAUUAUUCUCAGGAACAGUUAAACAGCAUGAGAACAUCAGUGCAGACUCCUCACAUUCACGAUUCACAUAUGAAACAAAACCCAGAAAAUCGUAAAGAUGCUACAAAGCGCAUUGUUCAUGAUGAUCUUCUCCUUUCAGCAGCAAAGAGGCAGAAACCAUGCCAGACGCCAUCAGUUCGAGUUGACAGCAUGCCACCAAUUAGUAAAGCUUCUGAUGUUAUUCCUGAACAUUCUCAACUGCUGGUGAACCAAUUGCCAUCUAGUUCAUCAAGUUCCAUUGCUUCUGGUAGCAGCCAGGGACAUUCUGAUGGCCUUGGCACUUUAUUUCCCUCCAAUAAUGGAUUUGUGAAUUCAAGUUUGAGGCAAACUGAAAUUCACUGUAAUUCUCAGCCUUCAGUUCAGGAGCAGCAGAGUCAAACAAGUAACCAGCACCUUCAGCAGCACCAUCAACAGCAACAUAUUUCUACACAUUCUCUUUCCCAUCUUCAUAACAGUAACCCAUUCCUUAAGCAGCAUCAAGCUGCACAGCUGAGAGACAGGCACCAGUUGUACCAGUUACAAUCCGUUGACAGCUCAGUCCUUCAGCAGCCACCUCAUACUGUGCAUCAGCAAAGGACAAUGCCGCAAGAUGUCCAAAUGCAGAAGAAGCGGAAUAUUGUACGAGGGACACACAAUGCUCAGAUUCCUUUACAGCAGAAGCAACAUCAAAAUAGGAAUGAGCAGGCACAGCAAAAAGGGAGUCAGUCACAUCACCAGCAACUCCAGCAACAAAUGCAGCACCACUUUGGGACCUCACACACAGAGAAAGGAUGUGAUAAUCCUGUAGUCAGCAGAAGCCAUCAUAGCACCCAUACUCAGAGCCAUUUAAGUCAAGAUAUUAUGCAUCAGCAGCCGCAACAACAACAGCAAGAUGUAGGAAAUAGACAGCAAGGCUCAGGGGCACCUGUGGAACAUGGUUCGGGACAGAAUACCAUACAGAGACUUAUGACUUCCAGGGCUCUGGAGCAGCAGGUGGUGUCUCAGCCAUCCAUUGUAUCCAGACCAUCUGAUAUGUCUUGUGCCCCACACCGUCAAGAAAGGAACAGGGUGUCUAGCUACUCAGCAGAAGCUCUUAUUGGGAAAACUCCUUCUAACACUGAGCAAAGAAUGGGAAUAUCCAUCCAGGGCUCACGGGUCCCAGAACAACUUGAAAUGAGAAAUUUUCAUGAUGUUUCCAGGACCAAAAGUGUUUCACUUCAUAGUAUGCAAAGUAGAAUGCCUGUUGACCAUCAUGUGAGUUCAGAAGUCCAGAGAUUAUCAGACUGUCAACCAUUUAAAGGAAGUAAUACUAAUCAGCAAGUAGUUGGAAGUUUUGAUGUACAGCCUUCAAGAAGUAAUGAAAUGGCAAACACAGUACCAUCCCAUAGGGCAUUACAGUCUCAAGGUUUCCAUAUUCAGAAUGGUACAUCAUCUGUUGAUAGACAGAAAAGGUUAUCUUAUCAGUCAGUGCAAGGCAUUCCAGUCGGAAACAGUACUCAGCAGAGGGAUGCAGAUGGUUCUUGUCAUCAAGGCUUUAUGCAGAAUCUGCUGCCAUCACACCUUGCUGAUCAGAUUGGAGGAAAUCCAAGAACAGUUUCAGAUCAUCAGCGGAAUACACAGUGUGGGCCGUCAUCAGCCAUUGAAUACAGUUGUCCACCACCAAGAGACAUUGUCCAUAUCAGAAGAGACAGUGAAGGUCAGAAUCGUGAAAGUUGUGACAUGUCUGUAGGUAGGAGCAAUUCCUUAAAUAUUCCCUUUUCAUCUUCAUCUGGUGACAUACAGUGUCGAAAUACAAGUCCAAAUGUUUCUGUACAGAAGUCCAACUCAUUGAGAAUUGGUGAGAGCCAGGGGAACAAAAACCUAAUGAAUCCUCAAGUUUCAGCUAAUAUGCAUGGAGUUGUAAGACCGGGUUUGCCUCACCCAGCAGUGUCCCAUGGAAACACAGAACAGGGGCAAUCUUCUGUCCAUCAGACAAAUUCAUCUGUCACUCAGCGAUCAAGGCAACCCCCACAAGACAAUUCUGGUUCCAAAAUACGCCAGACAGAAAGGAACAGGUCUACAAACCAGAGACAUGGAAAUGUUUUCGACACUAGUCUACCCCAUCUUCCUCUCACUACAAAUAGUAGUAUGAUAAUCGGAAGGCAGCAGCCCGCAGGCGAUAGAAGAAGCAGUCUGGUGCGAUUUAUGCCUGAGGGUUCCCAAGUUUCUAGUGAUACUGUGACACCAGAUCAACAUGCAUUGUCACAAAAUUUUGGUUUCCAGUUCAUUCCGGAAGGUGGCUUGAAUCCACCAAUAAAUGCCAACACCUCAUUCAUCCCUCCAGUUACACAGUCAAGUGCCACAAGGACAGCAGCUCUUAUACCAGUAGAGCCUCAAAACACUUUACCUUCUUUCUAUCCACCGUAUUCACCUGCUCACCCAAGUCUUUCAAAUGAUAUUCCACUGCAGUACUUUUCCAAUCAGAUGUUCACUGGGCCUAGCACAGAGAAACCGAACAGCGGGGCACUGAAUAAUAGAUAUGGAUCUAUCUUGUCUCCACCAAGGCCUGUUGGUUUUGCUCAGCCAAGCUUCCCUCUCCUUCCUGAAAUGGCACCCAUGCCAAUGGCUAAUACUGGACACUUAUCAAAUUUCAGUUUCACACCAUUGUUUCCAGACCUAGCACCUACACUUCCUCCAGACAGUUCAGCAAUGCCAAUGUCUCCACUGCUGCCCAUGACAAAUGCUUCAAACUCUGACUCUUCAAAACAGUCCACAAACAGAGCAGCACAUAACAUAAGCCAUAUUCUUGGCCACGAUGGCAAUUCAGCUGUGUAGGCUGGAAAAGGAAUACACUACUGAUGUGAACUUUCUUAAGUAGAUUUCAUUCGAGUAUCUCAAGAACAGGGUUUCCAUUUCAGUACAUUUUUGACCAAAUGUGCAGUUUCUAGAAUUACAAGGUAAUACUCUGUACCAACAAGCAGUUUACCUGACAUUUUAUAACCACCAACAACAGAUCCAUUUAUUGAGGCAUUUUGAAGUUUGAUCUUUUAACUGAUCAUGUUGUUUGUUGUGAAGUCAGCAGCAGAGAGAUUUCUGAACAGGGAAACCUGUUUAGAAUAGGGCAGUGAUAUGUGCUGGUAUCAAGUAUGGGGCACCGAAGACCUUUGUUGAAGAACAACCCAGAGCCAUCUGAGAAUCAGUGGUUAUGAAAAAGGUUGAGUAUUUCAGUGCUCACUGACUUCUUGGAAAGGGGCACUGUUUUUGUGAUAAGCCUGUUUGGUGGAGCAAUGUUAGCCACUGACAGAUACUGAAUGAAUUAUGCAGUUGUGAACAUGAUUAUAACAGAAAGUAGGGAAUAUACUGGAUGGCAACAGGAUAGUAAUGGAAAAUGGGGUAUAUACUGGAAACGUAAAGGAUAAUACUGGAAAAUAUGGUGUAUAUUAGAUGAAUAAAUCCACCAAAUUGUUGCAGUAAAACAAUUCCUGAGUGUUUGCAGGUUUACUCAGUGGUUUAAGAUGCAGGCAGGAAGGUCUAUACAAUUAUGAACGUAAUGUCAGCAUCUUGCAACAAGGCAGAUAGCUAUAGUUGGUAUGGAAUCUGGGAGGAAGGCACUCUGGCUUGGUAAUACAUUGCUAGGAAUUGACAACCAAGCUCCUAAACUUGUAAGCUGCAGUUGAGUGAGAGGCUGAUAUGAUAAUUGCAUUGCUUUGCAAUGCUGUAAAUGCUGAUAGCAAUCCUUCUCCGAUGCCAGAUUUGUUAAAAUCUAAACCUUAUGCUUGUGAAGUAUAAUGAUAACCUAGGCAUGGA